AUGAUUGUUAAUUCUAAAAUCUUUGAGUUAGAUGUUUCUGCGACCUCUCAGCUCUGGGACGAAUUUAACAGAAUCCGAACGGCCAGCGACGUCGAUGUCGAGGAUGAUGAUGAGCUUUUGGACGACGAUCUAGACGACCUUGAGACAGCAACUGCAGCCGGCGUUGAAGGUGAUGAGUAUGAGGACUUCUCGGAAGGCAGUGAUGCAACCAACAGUGUUUCUAUACAGAGCACCCCUCGCCCUACUCUACGGCCUUUCUUCCAGCCCAUAGGCAGUUCUGAAGACAACACGCUAAAUGUGGUGAGUGAGGCAGCCUUUUAG